AUGCAUUUCUCCAUCGCCCUCACCACCCUCGCCGCAUUGGCUCCCCUCGUCAGCGCUGUCGGCGACGCCAUCGUCGUGAACAACUGCAAGGCCGCCGUGCACCUCUGGUCCGUCGGUGGUGCCGUCGGCCCGGAGGUGACCCUCAACCCGGGUGAAGAGUUCACCGAGAAGGUGCACUACGACGCCAAGUCCGGCGGCAUCGCCAUCAAGAUCACCCGCCCCGUCGACGGGCUGUACACUGGCGCCCCGCAGACGGACUUUGCCUACACCCUGGACGGCAAUAACCUCUGGUACGACCUGUCCGAUGUGUUCGGUGAUCCCUUCUCCGGCAAGGUGCUCUCCGUCAAGGCCUCCAACCCGGACUGCCCUGAUAUCUGCUGGUCGUCUGGUAUUUCGCCUGCUGGCAGCCAGACUAAGGUCUGCGGCGCUGCUGCUAACAUCACCCUGACGCUGUGCGCUGCUAAGUGCUAG